CUUAGGGGAGUGAGGAUAGGGUAGUAAGAUUUUUCGUAUAUGCCACACAAAGUGCAUGGUGAAGGUCAACAAAUGGCGGGAGAUUACCUCUCGAAAAGGCUCUAAGCUUGAAAAUUUUAAAUAUUCGGCGAGCCAUCAUGAUCAAAGGGGAGUUUGCUCUGAAAGAAGAGCUCAGAGGAUUAGAGGAGAAGAUGUCGGAAAUUAUGGACGCUGAGCACAAGAAUUUACAGUUGCUAGGUCCAGACAGCCUUCGUCACCGAACAUCACGUCACUAUCUUAAAAAAUAUCUGGAAGUUUUAAAACAAGGAGGAUGACAGUAAAGCAUCAGUGCAAAAUGUUUUGGAGAAUUUCACAUCUCUGUUGGAAAGAGUCCAAGGCAUUCCACCAGAUACUUCCUUAAUUUGCUAUGAACAAGCAGUCGCAUAUAAUUUGAGCCACUUGUUGUUACAAGGCCAGGCAAAUGUUAGCGUUGGAGGUAUUCACAAAACUGCAGCUAUACUCCACCAAAGCAUCUGUAGAGCACUUGCAGCUUUCAGAAUAGAACCUUGUCACCAAGGAGAAGAAGACUCUAGCAAUGUACAUCUAUUUGGUCCAGCAAACAUUGAGUGUACUAUAGACACUCUUCUACCAGCAUUGUUUAAAGAAUUGAUCAAUAGAUUUAUUGGGUGUGGCCCCCUUGUGCUGAGUUGCUGCCUUUUAGCAUUUCUGUGGUUAAUUGAUGAGAAAGUGAACCAAGCUGUUAAACUCCUUUGCCUGAUGCAAAGUCAGUUGAGACUUUUGAAUUCAAAGAUGAAUUUUACUGAUGAGGUACAUGCUGAUCGAUUUCCUGUAUGCCUCUUCAGUUUAGAAUAUAGCUCAUCAAUUUCUAACUGUAUAAUUACUUCCUCUACCAACUCAACCAACUCAACCAAAGACUUGACAGAUAUACAGAGAUUGUUGUCAGUGGUGACUAGUUUGUUGGCAUUUGCCCUCUUUGCAAAUAAGGAAUACAAAAAGGCGCUGGAAACACUAAUGUGCAAGAAAAAUACUGAUGAUGUUGGUUUUCAUGAUCUCUAUCUCAAAGGAUACAUUCUCUUUCAACAAAAUCAAGUGGAUGAUGCAUUGAAAUGGUUUCAGGAGUGUUUAUCCUUCUCGCAAGGACAGAACAGAGCAGUGGCUAUGAAUAUGCUGGGAUGCUGCUGUGCAAUCAAGGGGAAACAUCACACUGCGGUAGCAAAGUUCAAGGAUGCCCUGGAAGAUGAUUUCCAGCAGCUGGAGGCUCUUUUUAACAUUUCUCUUCAAUAUCAAAAGAUGGGCAAAGUUGAGGCACAAAUAAAAGCUCUGGAACUUUUAAAACAGAUCAUCAAGGCCAGAGGGAAUGAGCCACAGACUUGUGAACAUAUUGCAGUAACUCCUCGAGAUCAGAGCAUUGAAAAAAAUAAAGGCAAACUAGAUUCAGAACUAUCCGUUCCUCCAAGAUUUUCCUUGGGGAGUUCGAAGUCAAGUGCUGGCUUGUCAAAAGAAUUGGUUACUUACGUACUGGCAAAAAGAUAUUCAGAGUUAGGAAGGUUCGAGGAAGCAGCGACGAACUAUCUGGAGUUACUGGUCAAUAUUGUAGAAGUGCGCACGACGAACUUUCUCAGCGUCCGAACUCUCCCCAGUCCGACCGAGUUGUAUAUAGAAUGUGCACUUGCUCUGUCUAAAGCUGAGAGACACGAAGACGCGGUGACAAUUUGUGAUAAAGUUCUUACUUCUAUCGAGCAGGGCGAACCUACUGAACAAGGUCACAACAAUGAAUCAAGUAUAAACGAUAAAGCUCCCAGGAAAAGGGUGCGAUCCGAUGACGGGGAAGAUUUUUUGAGCACCUUUAAUAACGAAACGGUGUCUGAAGAUAUCCAGGUGCUUAUGUUGAAAGCAGAGUCAUUGGUUCAUCUUCAAAAACCACUAGAAGCCCUGCAGUCUCUCAACAGGGUACUGAUCGCACUGGAAGAUGUCCACUCAGUAGGCGACAAGGAUGACGAUGGACGACAGAGGAAAAGGAGAAAGCUUGACUGCGAAGGAGAAGAAGUUUCUUGUGAGGAGCAAAGCGAAGCUGACAAAUCGAGAAGGCCUGUUAGAAUAAAGGUCCAAGCCUACAAUCAGAAGGCUUCUAUUCUAGACGGACUGGGUCAGACCCACGAUGCUUUGCAUCAGUUGCAUCUUAGUCUUGAGUGUUCACCAGAACAUCCUGAGACAGUUUAUAAGCAUACGCAGUUGCUCUUGAAGCUUGGUUCAACGAAAGAAGCAGUACACAACUGGCUUCAAUUCCGAGGCGUCCUUUUUCGCUCGCACAACGGGGACGUGGAUUCCCUUCGGAAAGAGCUGAGUUCCUCCACAAUAAAAUUCCUGGAAAGUGACGUCAGCAAUGAGCAGGUCCGAGAAAUAGACGAGUUGACGUUGAAGUGGUUGAGCGAGAAUAAAGAGCAAAAUGUCUUCUAUCCACAUGCUAGGGUUUAAGACUGUUCGAGCGAAUGUUUUCUGAGAUUUAAGAAACAUCCAGCGAAGUUGUUAACAUAGAUACCAGCUUUUAGCGUUGAAGAUUAUUCCUAGUUCCAUCGGUAACAGUCCGGGUUACAGUAAGUUUUUUAAGCAAUGAUAAACUUUACGACUGUUCUACAUGUCCUUAUUUGGGAAUGAAAAGGAAGGAGAGACAUUGUUUUCGUUCACCAUGAAGAGAAGUUAGGAUACUAAGUAUUCGUUAUCGUUUCUGCUGAAAUGACUCAAAUUUUAAUAAUGCAAAGACCAUACAACACCCAAUAGCAAAUAAGUAAAGGUAUUAUAACUUAACUUGUGUUCUGCAGCGGGUUUUAACGCAGAUCAUGAUAUAAUAAACAUUGUUAAAAUUUAUCCGUGUAGGAAUUUGAUAACUUGCCAGAUUGUGGGCAUCGUGAACAGCCAAUUAGAAUUCCUGAAAGGUCGCCCCUUUCUUGGAAUCCUGAAUUCCGAGAAGGUAAUCAAGUUUCUUAGAAACGUGACUGACGUCAAUGUCUGAUGUACCGCGAUAACCAAUCAGCUUACAGAUUAAUCGCUUCACGGUUAAGUCAUUCUGUCAUGCAACUUUUGUUUUCAGCUUGAAAAUAUAAGUUUUCUUAGAAUUC